AUGGAUUCCGGUCAAAUUUUGGCAAGAUUUCGAGGGUUUCCUCUUAUUAUAAAAUUUUCCAUGAUUGCUCUCUGGCCUGUUUCGGACAAAGCAAAGGAGAGAGAGUGGUUGAGAAAGUCAACGAUGCCACAUACAGUGAUCAUGAUGAACUGGGUCUUAUGCUUAUGGGUUUGACUAGGAAAAAAAUUCAGACCCUCUCUGGAUAGGAAAUGGGUCGGAUUUAUUUUCGUCAAGACUCAAUCUUGAUGCUUUCACUCGAGGUCAAAGCACUGAAUUCUGAACUUGGUCAAGUCAAUCAUAGACCUGGUCCAUUUUUCCUAUUUUAAGGUCAUUUAAUAAUAAAGGAAAACCGUGUACUCCUGGGCUAAAUUUUCCCCCGAUGCAUAUAAAAAUUGUCAAUAAAUAAAAUAAAUUGAUUAUUCGAUUGCCGCGUUUAAGUUCCACUUGGGUACGUAGAUAAAUAUCUUUUUUGUGAGGGUGAAGUUUUGAAGUUAGUUUAUUCAAGUAUCUGGGCAAGCCCGCGCCGUGGCCGCUAGGGUUUUAAGGCAACCGACGCCGUCUCGUGGAAGGGUGCGGAGGUUUUGCCUGCUGUCGGCGGCCCCUUUGAUUGAGCCUUCGCGUUUUUGAUCGCCACUCUCUGUUUGAUGGCGUUCUGGGGUGAGUUCUUUUGAUUUUGUUCCUUUCUUCCUCCGGCGGCCUUCUUGAACCUGCCUCUGUAUCGUGUCAAUUUUCUUGUUGUAUUUAUCGUCACUUCUAUGGUUAUGUCCCGUGUGUUGAUGCAGAGACGAUGAGGUGAUUGUUUUCUCUUCCCAGAAUUUAUCGUUUCGUCGUGCUUUUUUCACAGGUCUCGAGGUGAAGCCCGGCAAACCUUACACCCUCGUCCACGACAGCAGUCGGGGGGCUCUACGUAUCACGCAGGUCGGCUGCUAGCUUGUCAGAUUUUAUGCUACUGCGUUGUGUCCUUUAACUGAGGCGCUGAUUCAUUUCCAAAUCAUUCCGGCUUGAAGUACUCAUAACUCCGUCUGAAAACUAGUGCCCGAUUCCUCCUAUGCGACAUUGAAAUGCCCGAAGUUUUAUCGGGGUCAUAGUUAAUCUGAGACUUCUUACCCCGGUCAUGGGUUUACUUCAGCAUAGACCUCCUCUUUCUUCUUUUCUCCCGUGGCCGCACUGAAUUGUGAAUGUGAUUCACAUUGUAGGCUACCUUAGGUAACGGAACAGCGUCAAAGCGGACAGUCGUACAAUGCAGUGUCGGCGAUCAGAGUCCAGUACUUCUCUGUUCUCUGCUCCCCGAUAAAUCUGAGUCCUGCAGUUUGGACCUAGAAUUUGAAGAGGAAGACGAAGUUGUUUUCUCAGUUGAUGGGCCUAGAAGUGUCCACCUUACUGGUUACUUCGUCAAUGAGUCCAGACAUGGUGAUGAUGAUGCUGAUGACAGGUAAUUUCCCCACUUGAUAUUUCAUAUGGUCUAUGGACGCAGUUUUACUCAAGUUUACCCUUUACGUGGUUCUUGCCACAUUGUCUUUGUUGAAGUGAUUCUUUUGAGGAAGAUGUUUGGGAGAUGGGAAGUGAGGGUUCCAGCAGCGGUGACAGUGAAAAUGAGUAUGGGGAAGGCUUCAUUAGUGGUGAUGAUGAGGACGACAAUGAUGAUGACAUUGACAUGUCCCCCUCACCUCGACGCAACAGUGGAGGUACUGUCAGGGAUUCGCAUCUCUUCUAAUAUAAAUGCUCUUUCCAUACAGUAGAGUGUAAAUAAAUCGGAACAUGAAUGCUCAUGUUCCGAAAAGUCGAUUUUUUCUUCUUACCGGCGCAUGAUUAUUUUAGUCUUAUGUUACAUCAACAGUAGAGGAUGAAUUUUUUGAAAUAGUUUCUUAAAUAAAUAUCCGUUGGAAAUCUCAAAAACAAAAUCUGGCAUUUUCUAUUUCCUUGUCAAAAAACCUCUCUUGUUGUUAUUAUCAUGAACAUUUUUGUAUGCUCUUAUGCCGUUAAUCUAGCUUCUGUGACUUAGUGCAAAAAUCUGGUAUAUUCUAUUUUAUUGUCAAAAAGCCUCUCUUGUUGAAGCAGUUUACUUUGCUGAUGCAAGUUAUUUGUUUUUUUACGCAAAAAAGUUGCAUGCCUGUUUGGGGAACGAGUGGGAGCCUUGAAAAAUUGUUAUAGUUCCUAUCUAGCACUAAUACUUGAUAAUAUGCUGGUGGUGUUGUUAAUAUAAUAUUUAUCAGUUUUCUUUAUCAGUGUUGCGACAUUUUUGGGGUUAUUUAUUUUUAUCCAUAAUUUACUUGUGUGGUGGUUAUUUUAAGUGUUCAUUCGAAGGUUGUAUGAGCGAUUGCCUUAUUGAUUGUGCCAUUUUUUGCCAAGCAGUCGUUAUAGAAGAAAUUUCAGAGGACGAAAAGCCAUCUAACAGGGAAUUGAGAGAUAGAGCCAAUGUCGGUUCCCAGAGUCAAAUUGUCAAGUACAGAAAAUCACCAACGGUGGAAAGUGAGGACGAGGACGGUUUUCCGGUUUCAAUGACCAAGAAAACGGAUGGGAAGAAUGCUGCUGGAAACAAGAAGUUGGAUAGUAAGAUACCAAAUGCAGAUCAAAAGAGGUAACUUGACGUCAUUCUCGACAAAUCAUCUAAUACGUGCAGUCUUCAGUUACACCAUUUUUUUAUUCGUAUUCAUGUUCCUGGGCAAUGCGUGCAGUAAUGAUAAGACUGAUUCUAUCAACGAUGAAAAGCCAAAGAAGAGAAAGAAAGAUAAAGCCAAGAAUACCAGGUCCCUUGAAACUGGUGCGGAUCAGAGGAGUGGGAGCAAAUCUACUGGUGAUCAAAAGAAAGAUGCAGACGCUUCAAUUGGUGAAGCGCAGCAUAAGGAAUCGAAUAAGGAAGAACUUCCAAAUGAAAAGUAAACAUAAUUCAUGUCCCUUUUCUUCCGGGAUCUAUGAACUUCCGAGGAAGUUUUGUUCUUGCAUAUGAAUGAUGCAACGUCUUAUUAUCAAUUGAUGAGUGGACUUAUCAGUUGUGUAAAAAUUGACCAGGAGUGCUGAUGGUACAGACAAUCAAAAGAAGAAAAAGAAGAAGAAGAAAGCAAAAGAUGGAAAUCCUAUCGACCAGGAAGACAGUUCUGCCGGAGCAUUAGGGUUAAACAAAAACGAACUUCCUAAAUCCCAGGGACAAUUGUGAGGAAUAUGAUGAGUUUUUUUUUGUUUUUUUUUUUUUUUUGCAUGAUUGAUCGCUAGAAUUGCCCUCAUUGGUAUCUAAUAGCUUGCUACCUUCUCUAUCUUGCAGGAAUGGUAAAAGGAGUGCCAGUGAUGCCCUUGAUGCUCCCUCCGAAGUUAAAAAUACACAGAAGGAAAAGAAAAUGCGUGAGACUGAUGCAGCUGCAUCGGAACCAAAGAAGAUUGAAGCACCACGAAAACCAAGGACAUUUGCAAAUGGUUUAAUAAUCGAGGAGCUAUCAAUGGGCCAACCAGAUGGCAAAAGAGCUUCUCCUGGGAAGACUGUAAUGUCUUUACUUCUGAUACGUCGGAUAAGCGCCUAACUGGCUGUCGUUUGUCUUGUUUUUCUUUCUGCGACAUUAUUUAAUUGCUCCUUUCUUGAGUUCCCCCCUCUCAUCAUUCAUGCCCAAUAUAGAUGUCCAUGAACACCAACUCAAUAUAUAUACAUAUAUAUAUAUUCUCAAAUUAGGCCCUAUUGAGGUUGUUGAUCAUCUGUUCAUUAUUUUUCAGGUCUUUGUUCAUUAUAUUGGCAAGCUAAAGAACGGGAAGAUAUUUGACUCGAACAUCGGUCAGAGGCCGUUCAAGUUCCGCCUGGGUAAUUAUUUUACCCGAGUUAAUUGCCCAUUGCCCAUAAUGUCUCUCAUUACUUGGAUUGGUAAAAAAAAAUUGAUUAUGUUGCUUAUUUUCAGGGGUUGGGCAAGUCAUAAAGGGUUGGGAUGUCGGUGUCGACGGUAAUAUCUGCUCCCAGCAGUUUUCCCAAUAUAGAUUUCAUUGAUUGAUUUAAAUGAACGCAUGGCUUCUGGCUUCCCCAGGCAUGAGAGUUGGCGACAAGAGGAGGUUGACCAUUCCGCCUUCCAUGGGGUAGGCAACCCCCCCCCCCCUCUCCCAUACUUUGCCCACAUGAGAAUUACCUCAUAAUAAUAUGCUCCAUGUUUCUGGCGGUGCAGAUACGGUCAGAAGGGCGCCGGGGGCGCUAUACCAGGGAACUCCUGGCUCUUGUUUGACGUCGAGCUCGUUGAUGUUAAGUAG